AAUGUUAUUUCAUAUAGACACUUAUGAUGUCAGAAAAUGAUAGUUUUUAGGUAUGGCCUAAAUUGUUUAUAAUUUGAUAUUCCAACGAAACGAGUGUCAUUUAUCAUAAGAUAAACAUUGGUGUGCUAUUCAAGGUAAAAAUAUUUGAACUUCCUGGUUAAUUGGUAGCGUGUAUGAUAAGAUCAUUUUACCUCAAAUAAGGAUACUGUUGAACAUGAUUAAAACAUUAAAGUGUGUUUUCAACAGCGAGAUAUUUCAAAAUGUGGAUAUUAUUCAUUAUUUGCUUGUGGAAUAUUAAUAGAGCUGCGUGUGCUGUCUGUGACAUUGGUCGCUUUGGUUCACGAUGUCAAUACAAGUGUCACUGUAAAAAUGUCUGCCAAGAUGAUGGAACCUGUGUCGGUGAAUGUGCAGAUGGUUGGUUCGGAUUACAGUGUCAAUACCAGAAUGUAGUGUAUUUUUACAAAACGGCAGUCUCCCCCAUAAAUGCAGAAACUCUUUUUACAAAUAAUAAUGUUUGCAACAAUAUCAAUUCCCUGAACGAAGUAUCCAUAGACUGGAGUACGACUCUUCCUUUCUCCUGGAUGAGAAUCAAGACACUAAAUAACGGUGCACUAAGUACUCUUCGUGUUAGUAUUAAAGAGUCAAAUUUAGAGAGUCCGUGCACAAAUCUGAGAUUUUUUCAAGUGGAUGCCAUGACAUUCGACGUUUACUGCGACUGUAAUGGCGGGAUGACAACAUUGAAACUAGCAGGAGAUAGUGUUGCAUCUAUUUGCACAAUACUUGUGAAUGGAGGAAGAAAUGUGGCACUGUUUCAAAACACUUCACAGACGUCGACGUAUUCAAGCGAAAGCAAUUUUGGAUCACAGAAAGCAGUCGAUGGAGUGGUAGAGCCAACGUGUUCCGAUAAAGGUUGCAGUCAUACAACAAAUGAUCCUAAUCGUGAUCCACAUCCAAGCUGGACAGUCAUUUUUGAUCAACCUUAUGCAAUUGACAAAUUUGUGAUAUACAAUCGUAAAGAUGAUUCACAAUUUCGCUUGAUACACUUCAGUCUUGAGGCUUUUGACAAAAAGAACACAUCAAUUUUCCGUCACAAAGAUCAAAGCGACAUCUAUGAACUAGUUUACACCAUUGUUUUGCCAGCAGCUCUGACUGUGUAUCAAGUCAUAAUUAGUCAGACAGAAUUUUUUGAUUCGGACAAGAGACCUUAUGUGUCUAUUAAUGAGUUUGAAGCCUAUGGAGAAUGCUCACCAGGACGAUACGGCUUAUACUGUGUGCCGUGUACAGGUCAUUGCGAUUCUCAAUGUCGUGCGAUUGAUGGCCAUUGUGACGUCUGCUUCCCUGGUUACAAGGGAGACAAAUGUGACGAAGCUUGCCCACCGGGAAAAUACGGUCCGAACUGCUCCGGGACAUGUUCUCAACACUGUUUCACAGAAUACAAUUGUGAUAAUACCAAUGGAAACUGUGCACCAUGCAAACCAGGCUACAAGGGAGGCAAAUGUAAUGAAGGUUGUACAUUUCUAGCAUUCUUUUGCUUGUUUUAA